AUGUUGAAUUUAUCUUUUAAUAGGCUACAUGGAGAAGUUCCAAUACAAGGAGUGUUUCAAAAUGGGAGUGCAAUUUCAGUUGUUGGAAAUAAUGAUCUAUGUGGAGGUAUUGCAAAAUUAGACCUUCCUCCUUGUCCAUCCUCCAAAUCAAUCAACAACAAGCUAUCUCACAAGAUGAAAGUGAUCCUACUGGUGGUAGGUCUUGUGAUAUUUUUAUCUUUGUUUGUUAGCUUCUUUAUAUUUCUUCAACGGCGUCAUGUUUCAAAAAAGAAGUCCUCUAGCACGCCAUCAAUCAAACAUCAAUUUUUGAGGGUUUCUUAUGUAGAGCUUCUCAAAGCCACCAAUGGAUUCUCAGAGGCUAAUCUAAUUGGUUUUGGGAGCUAUGCUUCAGUUUACAAAGGGAUUCUUGAUCACGUUCAGAUGGUUGUUGCAGUGAAAGUACUCAAUCUUCAGACCAGAGGAGCUUCUAAGAGCUUCAUAUCAGAAUGCAAGGCACUAAGAGCCAUAAGGCACCGAAAUCUAUUGAAAAUUUUGAGCGUUUGCUCCAGUGUGGAUUUCCAUGGUAACGAAUUCAAAGCUCUGGUAUAUGAAUUUAUGGCCAAUGGAAACUUGGGCAAUUGGUUGCAUCAUGUCGGAGUUAGAGACCAAGGGCAACCAGAAGAACCCAGAAAUCUUAAACUAAUUCAGAGGCUGGACAUUUCCACUGAUAUUGCCUCUGCACUUGACUAUCUUCAUUGUGGUUGUGAGUCGACAAUUAUUCAUGGUGAUCUAAAGCCAAGCAAUGUUCUUUUGGAUGAUGAGAUGACGGCCCAUAUUGGAGAUUUUGGGUUAGCAAAGAUUAUUUCUACCGUUUCAGGUGAUGUGGCACAAGGUCAAAGCAAUUCAGUUGCGAUAAGGGGAACCGUAGGCUAUGUUGCUCCAGAGUACGGCAUGGGUGAAAUGGCUUCCACACUAGGGGAUGUAUAUAGCUUUGGGAUUCUUUUACUGGAGAUAUUUACAGGUAAGAGACCAACUGACACUAUGUUUAAAGAUCAUCUAAAUCUUCAUAACUUCAUUAAGAAUGCUUUGCCUAAUCGGGUGAUGGAGAUUGUGGAUCCUUGCAUUCCAUUGGUGCAUAACACAAGAAGUUGGAUUAAAGACUGCAUGGUUUCCAUUAUGAGAAUUGGGGUUGCAUGUUCAAUGGCAUCACCAACAAAUCGAAUGGAAAUGGCUAGUGUUAUUAGCGAAUUGCAUAAGAUAAAAAAUACAUACAUGAAUGAAGGGUUGAACCAAGACUAG